AUGGGGCGCGCGCCGCUGACCCUUCUCCUCUGGGUGGCCGCUGCCCGCUGGGGCUGCCUGCUGGGCGCCGCGGCCGGGGCCGGAGAGGCUCGCCGGCAGGAGGAGCCCUGCUCGGCGCCCGGCGUCCCCGCCGCCCGCUGCGCGUCCAGGUGCCUCAGCUUGCAGCUCACGCGCAUCUCCGCCUUCUUCAAACAUUUCCAGAAUAAUGGAUCUUUGGUCUGGUGUCAGAAUCACAAACAAUGUUCUAAGUGUCUGGAACCUUGCAAAGAGUCCUGGGACCUGAAGAAAAAUCAUUGCCAAAGUUUCUGUGAGCCCCUUUUCCCUAAGAAGAACUAUGAAUGCCUAACUAGUUGUGAAUUCCUGAAAUAUAUCCUGUCGGUGAAGCAAGGGGACUGCCCAGCUCCGGAGAAGGCCAGCGGCUUUGCGGCUGCCUGUGUUGAAAGCUGCGAGGCUGACAGUGAAUGCUCUGGCGUGAAAAAAUGCUGCUCCAACGGAUGUGGACAUACAUGCCAAGUACCAAAAAAUCUGUACAAAGGUGUCCCUUUGAAACCCAGAAAGGAAUUAAAGUUUACUGAACUUCAGACUGGGCAGUUGGAAGUUAAGUGGUCUUCAAAAUUCAAUAUUUCAAUUGAGCCUGUCCUCUAUGUGGUACAAAGGAGAUGGAACUAUGGGAUUCAUCCCAGUGAGGAUGAUGCCACCAGUUGGCAAACUGUGGCACAGACCACAGAUGAAAGGAUACAAUUGUCUGACAUUAGGCCCAGCAGGUGGUACCAGUUUCGAGUGGCAGCCAUUAAUGUGCAUGGAACAAGAGGCUUCACAGCUCCCAGCAAGCACUUCCGCUCUUCAAAAGACCCAUCAGCUCCACCUGCCCCGUCCAAUCUCCGGAUUGCCAACUCAACUCCAAACAGUGAUGGAAGUGUUAGUGCAAGGAUUGUUUGGGAUCUCCCUGAGGAACCUGAUAUCCCAGUCCAUCACUACAAAGUGUUCUGGAGCUGGACGGUUAACAGCAAGUCUCUUGUUCCCACUAAAAAGAAGAGAAGGAAGACAACAGAUGGGUCCCAAAAUUAUGUGAUCCUGGAAGGACUCCAACCCAAUAGUAACUACAUGGUUGAACUUCAGGCAGUUACAUAUUGGGGUCAAGUUCGUCUGAAAAGUGCCAAGGUCUCUCUCUACUUCAGUUCUACUCAGACAGCUGUUAACACCAGAGGACAUGUAUCUACAGUUGUGAAAGCAAAUAAUGGAUUAACUGAUGCUCUUCCAUCCUUCAAAGGAAGAAGACCCACUCGUCUUCUUGAAAUUGGAGUACCUUUCUAUCAAGAUGAGCAGCUUCAGGUGAAAGUUUAUUGGAAGAAGACAGAAGAUGCUGCCAGUAGGAGCAGAUACCAUAUCCAGUGGUUCCAAGAAUCUUGUUCACACAACGAAACAAAAGAGCUUGAAAAAUCCAGUAGUAUCACAUAUGAAAAUUAUAUCAUUCUUCAGAAUCUGUCAUUUUCAUGCAAAUACAAAGUUACAGUCCAGCCAGCAAGGUCCAAAGGCCAGUUGAAGGCUGAGAGCAUUUUGUUUACUACACCAUCUUGUUCCGAUCUUAAAGGAAAAAAGCACAAGCAUAUAAGCUGUCCUACUGAAGGAGCUUCAGUUGUCCCCAAAGUGUUGGCAAAACCCGAGAAUCUCUCUGCCUCUUUCAUUGUUCAGGACAUAAAUAUUACUGGCCAUUUUUCCUGGAAAAUAUCCAGAGAAAAUCUUCACCAACCCAUGACAGGAUUCCAGGUCACUUGGGCAGAGGUCACAACAGAAAGCAGGCAAAACAGUCUGCCCAACAGUAUUAUUUCCCAGUCACAAAUAUUGCCAGUAGAUCACUAUGUUCUGACUGUGCCCAAUCUGAGACCAUCGACUCUUUACCGAUUAGAAGUCCAAGUGCUGACAACAAGUGGAGAAGGACCAGCGAUAAUCAAAUCAUUCCAAACACCUGAUUUGCUGACAUCUCCACACAGGCCACAUCUGAAACAGCACCAUCCACAUCACUACAAGCCACCACCUGAAAAGUAUUAAAAUUCAUUGGAUUAAUUAGCUGGAAAAACUAUAAACUGAGCUCUUGCAAGAAGAUCAGAAAAAUGCAUAUGUUGAAAUACAGAAUGACUGUGAUUCUGGUGGAUGAAUUGUUUAGAU